GUGAUACAGGGGCCACAAGUGACUGACUGGAGGGAAUAGGGUCACUAGGAGACUGCUGGAUCACACACGGGCCUCUCAAUCACUGCAUGCAGGGUCAAGUGCCCUAGGAGCCAACGUCUGACACAGACCAGAGCCCGUUUUAGGCAAGAACCCGUAAGAGAUUGUAUCCUUGCUUUCACCAUGUACUGUCUACAGUGGCUACUUCCUGUCCUUCUAAUCCCCAAACCUUUGAACCCAGCCCUGUGGUUCAGUCACUCAGUGUUCAUGGGAUUCUACCUGCUGAGCUUUUUACUGGAGAGGAAGCCUUGCACAAUCUGCGCCUUGGUUUUCCUUGGUGCUCUCUUCCUGAUCUGCUACAGUUGCUGGGGAAACUGCUUCCUGUACCACUGCAGUGCCAGCGAGCUGCCUGAAGCUGCCUAUGAUCCUGCUGUUGUUGGCACUUAGAGGGCUCGUAUGUUGCCGGAAUUCGCAGAGUGCUGCUUUCUGCCAAGAUGGAGAUGCCCUGUCCUGCGGAAUGCUGCUUUCUUCCAGCGGACUGACACUGCUUGCGUCGUUAUGUGUCUUUGGUAUCGACCUGGGACGCCAUAUACCAAUAUGGUGCAGCAGAAAAACAAGUGCACUGUGACUUGGUGAUGGGCAUUGGAUACUCUGCUGUGUCCCUCCAUGCUCAUUUUCCUCUUUACCUGGCACCACUCCCAACAUCAGUGGGCAGAGAUAACAUGGCACUGCUAGCGCUUGUCAUUGGUGGGCAAAAGGAUUUUUAAUUGUCUGUAUUUUGGGGUCCUUUGUUUCCUAUACUUUACAAUCACAUUUUCCCCUCCCAUGCCUGAGACAAUGAAACAUUGAAAAUGGCCACUUAGCACAUGCCGCACGCAAACUCACGCAGGCAAAAGGAGCAGCCUAGCUUUGAUUAAAAUGGAUGCAGCACUAUCUUUGGAGGAAUAAAAUAUAGCCAACAGCAUGCUGUAUUCAGUGGGUCCUGCUUUUCGUAGCCUGUGUACCUCCAAAGGAUACUCAUUGUGCCAAGCUGGUAUGUUUACAUUCAAGAAUUCGGCUGGAUAGUAUUACAAAUUUCCCAGCUUCUGACCCCCAUCGUUUUAUCCUUUUUUUUUUUGUGUUGAGAAAUUCUGAAUAAAGCUUUAUUAAUCAUAA